AAUAAUAAUAAUAAUAAUAAUAACAAUAAUUAAUCAAUUGCUUCUCAAAAUCUUCACGCACAUCGCAAGCUUCGUGGCCGAUCGUGGCCGAGAAUCUCGAAAAUUGGAGACGGAUUUCGGGGAGGAUAAUCCACUCCACUCCACGCUUGAUUUCGUCGCAGAAAUUCCGAUUCCGGAGGAGGCUUGCCCAAUCACUGUCCUUGAAAAUCGAAGACUCAACUAGAUUGUACUGAAACACGCAGAUAUUGUUGGAAUUCUGUUUUUUUUUGCAGCACAUUUCGGACACAGCACUCGGAAAUGGUGGAAAAGGCGCCGACGUCGGCGGAGGCGGCGGCGGUUGGGCUGAAUCCGGCGGGCGGAAAUUCCUUCGAGCACAAGAGGGAUGUGUAUGGGUUUGCAGUGAGGCCUCAUCACCUACAAAGAUACCGAGAAUAUGCAAACAUAUACAAGGAAGAAGAGGACGAAAGGUUAGGUAGGUGGAGAGACUUUUUGCAAAGGCACUGGAAACCUGCUCGAUCGAAUAUCAAUGGAUUAUACAAUGACAGUGUAUCAGGAGCCGAGUCGAUCAAUCCAACGGCUGAUGAUAGUUCCAAAGACACUGGCAAAAAGCCCGGUCAUCUGAGCAAAGAAAAUAAAAGGGUAGCAGCACCUGUAAGCGACGAUUUUGAUCCAGACCACAUAUGGAAAGAUAUAAGGCCAUCUCUUCAUUCGGUGGAGGAUUUGAUGAGUUCUCGUGUUCGAAAAAAUCCUUAUGUGAUUAAAUAUGAGUCGGAGUUGGUAGCCAGAAAGCAAAUUCUUCCAGCUGAAGAGGAUGAACUCGACCGAGGAGCAUCUAAAGAUGACUCUGAUGAAGAGUUCUUUGAUUUGGAUCGACCAGACUCGGAAUCUGAUCAAGAUUUGAUUCAUUCUUCGGACACGGAGAUGGCUAGUGAGUCCACUGAUCUGCAAUCUCUACCCAUUUUUGAAGAACUCGACUGUCUUGUCCAAAUCGGGGUUCCUAUGGCAUUAAGGGGAGAGCUCUGGCAAGCCUUUGUUGGUGUUAAAGCACGCCGGGUUGAAAAUUACUAUCAAAGUUUGCUUAAGAAAGACACUGAGAUUGAAAGUAAAAAUAUCGAAUUGAAAGAAAAGAAUCGGGAGUCGAAGUUAGAGUCCGGACGUGUUCUUGAAAGCUGGAAAACACAGAUUGAGAAGGAUUUAGCUCGUACUUUUCCCGGGCACCCUGCAUUGGAUGAGAGUGGCAGAAAUGCUUUGAGACGCAUACUUACAGCUUAUGCUCGGCAUAAUCCUUCUGUUGGCUACUGCCAGGGCGUAAAUUUCUUUGCAGGCUUGUUGUUGCUUCUGAUGCCGGAGGAGAAUGCAUUUUGGACGUUAACAGGUCUUCUAGAUGAUUAUUUUGAUGGCUAUUAUUCAGAAGAAAUGAUUGAAGCUCAGGUCGACCAACUUGUUCUUGACGAAUUAGUGCGCGAAAGCUUUCCGAAAUUGGUAAACCAUCUCGAUUUCCUGGGAGUGCAGGUGGCAUGGGUGACUGCACAGUGGUUCCUCACCAUAUUUAUGAAUGUUCUUCCAUGGGAAAGUGUUCUUAGAGUCUGGGAUGUGCUCCUCUUCAAAGGAAAUCGUGUAAUGCUCUUCCGGACCACACUUGCUUUAAUGGAUUUAUAUGGACCUGCAUUGGCUACGACAAGGGAUGCCGGGGAUGCAGUCAAAUUGCUACAAUCUCUAGUCGAUUCCACCUUCGAUAGCAGCCAACUCGUCCUCACAGCUUGCAUGGGGUUUCAGACUAUUCAGGAAACAAAAUUGCAAGAACUAAGAAAUAAACACCGACCUGCUGUCACGAUUGCAUUGGAAGAAAAUUUGAAGGCAGAUCGGAGUUGGAAGGACUCGCAGAGCCUAACUUCGAAGUUGUUUGUCUUUCAAAAGGAUUCAGGUCCGAAGGUGAUUGGACCUGAUAAUUCGCAGACUGGUCGAGAUGUCUCUCAUUUGGAUUCAUCGAGUAAUGAGGAUGUUCUUUAUAUAAGCUUAAAUGGCAAUGUGGAGAUCGAUUCUGAUAAAGAUAUUUCCGAGCAGUUGGCAUGGCUUAAGGCUGAAUUUUGCAAGCAGCUUAAGGAAAAAGCAUCUGCUGAACAAAGAGCAGAGGAGCUUGACACAGCAUUAAUGGAGAUGGUUAAACAGGAUAAUCGGCUUCAAUUGAGUGCAAGGAUUGAGGUCUUCGAGAGAGAAAUCUUCGAGCUUAAACAAGCGCUCAUCGACAAGGAGGAGCAAGAGAAGGCCAUGCUUCAGCUGUUAAAGAAGGUCCAAAACGAAAAGAAAGUGACUGAGGAUGCUUGCAGAUUCGCCGAGCAAGACGCUGCUGCUCAACGAUACGCUGUUCAAAUUCUUCAGGAUAAAUACGAAGAAGCAGCUGCUGCAGUGGCGGAGAUGGAGAGGAGAGCAGUCAUGGCGGAAUCGAUGCUCGAGGCCACAAUGCAAACUCAGUUCGAAAAUUACCAUCGACCGCCACCGUCUGCACCAUCAUCUAAAGCCAUUUCUGUAAGUACGAUCGGGUCGCUUUUUAGAUGGCGCGCGAGGAACAAACAGGAGAGGACAAUGAGCGCCGCGGAGAAUGAGGCGACGGAAAAGGGCGGCGACAUCGACAGCGACGACAGGAUGAACGGUCAUGAUCAAGUGUAAGAAAAAUGAAGACAUACCAGUAAGUAUAUGCUUGUUGCUUCAUUCUUCAAUUCCUUUUGAGAUUGUAAAGUGAAGUCUUCUUCUUCUUCCUUAUUUUUCAUCUUCAAAAGUUAUAUAUUGUUAUUAUUUUUUUUUUUUUGUGAUGAUUUAA